AUGUCCUCUAUUAACACGCCUGCAGUGGUCAUGGACAAUGGUACCGGGUUCACCAAAUUGGGGUUUGCCGGUAACGAUUCUCCUUCUUGGGUUUUCCCAACUGCAAUCUCAACAAGGGUAUCUGGAUCCUCCGGUAACAAGCCUGCUGCUCCUUCCAAACCAUCUUUCCUCUCAUCGGGUUCAUCUGCUGCGGAAUCCAAGCUUGGUUCCGGGACGUCCAUUCACGGGAAUAGAAACAUGGCCGACUUGGACUUCUUUAUUGGAGAUGAAGCAAUUGAGGCGGCAAAGGGACCUUCAUAUUCUUUGAGUUAUCCGAUUAGACACGGUCAGAUUGAAAAUUGGGAUCAAAUGGAGAGGUUUUGGGAAACUUCGAUUUUCAAAUACUUGAAAUGUGAACCGGAAGAUCAUUAUUUCUUAUUAACAGAACCUCCCUUAAAUCCACCCGAAAAUAGAGAAAAUACAGCAGAGAUUAUGUUUGAAAGUUUCAACUGUUCAGGUCUUUAUAUUGCCGUACAGGCAGUUCUUGCCUUGGCGGCUUCGUGGACUAGUUCCAAGGUUGUGGAUAGAUCAUUGACCGGUACAGUCAUUGAUUCCGGUGAUGGUGUCACGCAUGUCAUUCCUGUAGCUGAAGGUUAUGUUAUAGGUUCUGCAAUUAAGAACAUCCCCAUAGCUGGCAGAGACAUUACGAGUUUUAUUCAAACCAUGCUUAGAGAGAGAGGUGAACCUGAUUCAUCCUUGCGUACAGCAGAACAAAUCAAACAGAAAUUCUGUUACGUAUGUCCCGAUAUUGUUAAGGAGUUUAGGAAAUUCGACAAUAAUUCUGAAAUGUUUGCAAAAUACAUGAUUGAGACUGUUGAUCAUAGGCAAGCGUAUGUUGAUGUUGGUUAUGAGAGAUUCUUGGCCCCUGAAAUAUUUUUCAACCCAGAAAUUUGCUCAAGUGAUUUCCUUACACCAUUACCUGUCGUUGUCGAUCAAGUUAUCCAGGCUUCUCCUAUUGAUGUUCGUAAGAAUUUGUAUAAAAACAUUGUGUUGAGUGGUGGCUCGACAAUGUUUAAGGAUUUUGGAAGAAGGCUACAAAGAGACCUUAAAACUAUGGUUAAUGACAGGGUUGAAGCAAGUGAAAGGUUGAGCGGUACAAAGUCAAGUGGUGUUCAAGUCCAAGUUAUUUCCCACAAGAGACAGAGAAAUGCCGUUUGGUUUGGUGGCUCGUUGAUGGCCCAAACUUCAGAGUUUAAGAGUUACUGUCAUACCAAGAGAGACUACGAUGAAUAUGGACCAAACAUUGUCAGAAACUUCUCCCUAUUUGGGGUUCCAUAA